AUGGCCUCCCUUGCCCACCUCUCUACCCCAUUGCCGUCAGAGCCAUCAGCAGCAGCACUGUCACCGGCCGCCUCUGCUCCCGCUGGGGUGCUGCACCUGGAGCGCUUCCUGGAGUCCAUCCUCAAGCAAAACCUCGAUACUGUCCUGUCGCAGCGCGAUGAGCUGUACGCGACUGUGGCGCAGUGUGCCCAGCUGCGGUGGCUGAUGGAUGACAUGCAGGCCCUAUCCCGCUACCAUUCCCUCAUCGAGGCGUCCACCGCCGCCGAAGCGGCGGCAGCAGUGCCACUCUCUGCGUUGGCGCCUGCAGCUAGCGGUGCACCCAACGCAUCGCCGCCGCUGAUGAGCAAGCGCGCGCAGGCGGAUGCCUACAAGCCGCCUCGGAGGAACAAGAUCUUGGUGGACCUCGGCAAUCAUUUUUACACGCAGGGCGUCGUCAAGGACGCGGGCGUUCUGUUAAUGAACGUGGGCUGUGGUGUUGUGCUGCCCAUGUCCCUCGAGGAGGCUCGCGAGUUCCUGCGGAAGAAGGAGGCGGUGGUGCGUCGGAUGAUCAUGAACAAGUCGAAGGAGGCGCUGCGCAUCAAGUACCGCAUCCGGCUGGUGACGGAGGCAAUCGCGCGGCUGAACGAGCGACACCUCGGGCUGUAA